CAGUCGGAAACGAGGGAGCAGGAAGAGAGGGGGAGAAAAGAGGGUAUACGCAAAGGAGUGUGAAGAGUUGCGUCAGUCAAAAGAAUGCGAGACUGGGCGCAGUGAUGGGGAAUUAGGAAAGAAAUGGGGAAAGGGACGAGCAGCGAAGGAGGGCAAAGGGGGCGGAAAAGGGGGAGGGAGGGGUGGUGGAGGGUAGACGGGAGGGCGAGGCAAAGAGGUGAAGCGACCAGAUGCCAAUUACCCCUCGUCCUCUCGGCUCCCGGUAAAGAGGCCAGGCGAGGGAUGGCAAUGGCCGUCGGGCAAAUCGCCGUGCUGCCAUGGUGCGAUGGCGCGGCCACGCAGACAGCGGGGUCCGGUCGUGCCUUGAAUCUCAGAUGCAUGCAACUCACAUUGUGUCCGACAGGAACGACCCUCUGCCCCCUUUUACUUUUCCACGCACACUCCCUAUGGAGCACAGGGCGCGCUGACGGCAAUCCUCUGCCAAGCGUCGGAUGUCGGAAGGCUGAGUUUGGCAGCGACCGGUCCUCGGUCCGAUUCACGCUCAGUCAGCGAGUAGUCUUCGUCGUUGUCGUCGUCGUCCUUCUCCUCUUUCAGCGAGCGAAUGUCGUAAUGCGGCGGCAAGAGCGGCGCUGCGCUGCGCUGUCUUUGGGCGUGAUGAUUCGUACGAGCGUGCGUUGGAAGCGUGCCGAGUCCGGGUCGGCUUUUGCGUGGCAGAAAGGUUGAGCUAGAGCAUUCUCCUGCGGCAGGGCUAGAGCGAGCAGAGCGAGCAAGACGUCAAGAUGUCGCCGUAGAGUGAAUCUUGGGU